AUGAAGCCUCAUAUAGCAUGGCUGGCUGCAGCUAGCCUGGCAUCUAGCAGUCCGCAUUCCUUCAGUGUAACUGAUGACCUCCUAGCAUACCCUCAGAACAGUCUGACAUCUUCUCAACCUCCAACCGAAUUGGCGCAAAGACACCCUCUGUCCAACAAUGAUCCUGACGUUGAGCGAUCCUCUGAUUUUCCCGCAAGCCCCUCAUCUUAUGAACGCAUGAUCCUGGACUCCACGACCUAUCUUUGCUCCGUUCCCGCGCCUAGUCCUGAUCUCCCCCAAAACGCCACAGCAACCCACCUUGCCGCGGAAGAAGAGAAGGCCGAGCUUGCUCGCGCUACAGAUCGAGGAUGGGAUCUGCUACAAGAGAUGUCUGGCUCAUGUCUUUACUUCAUUAGCGGUUGGUGGUCAUAUCAAUUCUGCUACUCCGAAUCCGUCAAACAAUUCCAUCAACUACCAGCUGGGGGCAAUGUCCCAAUGUUUCCGCCCGUCGAAGACCCUACGACGCCAUCGUAUGUCCUAGGAAAAUUUGGAGAAAAGAAAGUGAACAGACAUCGGUUGCCAUCAGGUGGUAGCGCAGGUGGGGCACUAGACGGAGGGCUGCCGCUGGAGGAUGGGCAAGAAGGAAGCACGACCACGAUACAAGCUAAGGGCUCGUCUAGUUCGAGAUAUCUGAGCCAAAAAUUGUCCGGGGGAACUACAUGCGAUUUGACCGGCGCUCCAAGAAGGGUGGAGAUACAGUUUCAUUGCCAUCCACAGAGCGCGGAUCGCAUCGGGUGGAUCAAGGAGGUCAGCACAUGUUCGUAUCUGAUGGUCGUGUAUACACCGAGAUUAUGUAACGACGUCGCAUUUCUCCCAGAGAGGGAAGAGCGGGCAGAGCAAGUUGUCUGCAGCGAAGUUGUCCGCGAAGGCGAAGAAGUGGAGUGGAAACGGAAGAAGAGCAGGGAAGCGGAGAGAAAGCUUGUGGGGCAAAUUGAGGGCAAAGCAGGAGCAAAAGCAACGAAGAUGAUGGUGGGGGACAUUGAGGUUGGCGCAAUGAAGCACGUUGGCGGUGACAAAGGCUGGUUGAAAACAAGCGAGCAAACUGCGGGUAGCCAUGGCCACGGGAUGAACUUUGCGAAAGAUGGGCCGAAGGGACAAAAUAUUGCUCAUCAACACAAGGUCGAAGAUGGCGGGGCAGUCCAUAAGCUGAGUGACAAAGAGAUGAAGGCACUGGGUGUAGAUGUAAAGACUGCAAAUGCAGCCAUCAAGGAACUGCAGGACGUGGCAAUGGGGAAAGGGUGGAGACUAGAGAUAUUCAAUCAAAACGGCAAGGUGGAGAUGAGAGGCGUUAUCGAUGAGCAAGAGGGACUUGCAACAGAUCAAGACGAGGGGGAAGACGGCUUCCUGAUUGUCGCGAACGAGGAGGAAGAUGAUGGUAAUGACCAGGAAUACCGAGACGAACUGUAA